AAUUUGGCUAAUUAAGCGACUCCCACACUUGGGCAAUUGCGCCGUGAACUUUUCGAAUUCGCCAAAGUAAUAGAACAAACGAAUCGAAAUUUACCAAUCUUGCGCUUCUCCGAACUUCGAGAUAUAAUUCAAGAUGGCCGUCACCGCUAGCAACCUCAUUUCCGCCGACCUCGUCUGGGAGAUCUCCCGAAGCAACAACUCUUACCUCGUCAAGAGAAAGGACGCCGGCGGAGUCCAAUUCUCGCGGGAUCCUCUGAACUUGGUGAACAAGAACAGCCGCAAGUAUGCCGGUUUCGUGAACGACAAGGCCAUCGGAGUUCAGCCCGCAGAGAAGGGUGGUAUCAAGGUUAUCACCAAGAAGGAGUCCGCCUCGCUGAAGCCCGCCAAGUCUACGACCGAGGUUACCCACAGCGGCGGCCAGCCUACACGAAAGAUCUACAAGGCCGUUGCCAACAAGGCUGCUGCGUCCGGUUACCGAGCCGACCUCCGUGAAGCCGCCGUUGCGCGUGUCUCUGCUAUCCGCAAGUCUCAGAAAGACCCCAAGCCUACCCCCGAGCCCAAGCCCCGAGGCGCGAAGGCCAAGAAGGCUGCUGCUGAGUCGUAAGCUUUGUAUGGCGGAAGCAAGAAUGCCGAUGAGAGUUGGGCGACCACAGCUACGAAAUGAUGGCUAGGGAAUGAGCGAAUGCAUUUAAUUGCUCGGUAGUCAACCCGAAUCUCAACGGUGUUUACAUAAUACAUGCAUUGAAAAAGAAAAGAAAAGAAAAGAGCUACACGUGUUGCGUGAUUUCGAACAUAUCCCGCAUACUUCCUAAGACGGAUUUCGCAGAGGAAGCAGGCUGAGAUAACUCCAGUCUAAUAUGGCAGGGCUAUCCGGAGAACCCUGGCUUUGCGGCGCCACGGGAGGGUGUGUGUGACAGCAAGCCAAGCUCAUUCGUAUGAUAGUAUGGAUACCUUGAGUGAUUUUAUUCCUACAUCUCCCUGCGUCCUCAGCUACUUACCGUAGUUUAGGGGUGGUUCGGGAAGGCUCAUAUAUGUGUAAGGGAGAAGUAGAUUAUCCAUGGUCGUCGGCCUUUUUUCGUAGAGCUCUAGAAAAGGUCAAAGAGAAUUAAAACGUGAAUGAUUUCCCUUUUAGCCCGUCCGGCCUUGCCCGAUUUUGCCUGCAGGUGAACCUCGGGAAACGGGUAUGAUGCAAGUCAUAUAAUUGAAUUCCGUAGUAUAGCCUCGGGUAAGGGGGUCAAUAAUAGAAGAGAAACUGAGCAUCUGAUAAAUAAUGGAUACCUAUACUUACCUUGAGGGAUGGUGUAAGUAAACCG